AUGGCUAAACCCCCUCAUGUGGCUAUCAUCGGAGCUGGUCUUUCGGGACUGAGAUGUGCAGACAUUCUGACACAAAAGGGUGCUCGAGUGACUAUUCUUGAGGCUAGAGACCGAAUUGGAGGAAGGGUUUCUCAGACUCAGGUUGGAGGUCACUCGAUAGACCUUGGCCCAAAUUGGAUACACGGCACUGAAGACAACCCGAUCAACACCAUCGCUGAAUCAGUAAACGCGACACUGGCUGAAUUCGAAGAAGAACAAGUGAUAUUCUCGCCAGAUGGAACGCCACUCGAUCAAAAAACUGCCAUCAAGGCUUCCGAGUUUAUGUGGACGACUGUAGAGGAGGGCUUCGCGUAUAGCAAAAAGAAUCAGGACUCUAUCCCAGCAGAUCGGAGCUUGCUUGACUUUUUGAGGGAGAAGCUGGAAAAGACAGGUUUCACCCCCGAGGAAAAGAGUGCAUGUAUCGGAAUCAGCAAUAUAUGGGCAUCGUACGUGGGAGAUCCGGUUGAUAGGCAGAGUUUGAGAUUCUUUCACCUGGAACAAUGCGUGGAUGGAAGUAAUUUCUUCGUGGCAUCCACGUAUAAGAAAAUCCUCGAUAAUAUCUCAACAGCAGCACGUCAACGAGCUGAUAUCCGUCUCAACCAACCAGUUGUCAAAAUCGAAUCAACCCCCCGCAAUAACUCACACGAGCGUCACUCAAUCACACUAACCACCGCAGCCGGAGAAAGCCAUACCUUCGACGAAGUAGUUGUAACCUGCCCUCUGGGCUGGCUCAAACGAAAUCAAUCCGCAUUCAACCCAGCCCUUCCCCCGCGCCUCUCCCAAGCCAUCAACAGUCUAUCAUACGGCCGGCUCGAAAAGGUCUAUAUAACAUUCCCACGAGCAUUCUGGCACACCCCGACCACGAACCCUUCUUUCGCCCAUUUCCUCAACCCAUCCUACGACCAACAUCCUCAGGAUAUCACAUGGAAUCAGGACUGUUUCUCCCUCGCCAACUUCCCUGCUCCUCACGCUCACCCAACUCUACUAUUCUACAUCAACGGCCCAUGCGCCUCGCACAUCGUUUCAAAGAUCUCUAAUCUCCCCACUUCCUCUGAUGAAUACUACAACACCCUAAACUCCAUCUUCCACCCCUUCUACUCCCGCUUACACGGUUACUCUCCCACUUCGUCGGAUUGCAAACCGCGAGCCUUCCUAGCUACACAGUGGCAGAAUGACCCGUACGCGGGCCACGGCUCGUACAGUAACUUCCAGGUCGGUCUUGAGGAGGGUGAUAAGGAUGUUGAGGUUCUCCAUGUUGGACAGGCGGAGCGAGCGGUGUGGUUUGCUGGAGAGCACACGGCGCCGUUCGUGGCGUUGGGCACGACGACUGGGGCGUAUGUGAGUGGUGAGCGUGCUGCGAGGCAGGUUUUGGGGGUUUAUGGGUUAGAGACUGCUUGA